UCCACCGGUCACACCUACCUUAACCCACCUUUUUCCGAUUGUCUGAAGCCAAAUAUUGCUUUUGGUAAUGGCUUCUGCUCUUCCUCCAACUUUCUUUUCCCUGCUGCUGCUGCUCUUUCCAAUUUCUGCUAUUGCUCAAACUAGUCGUAACAUCACCGUGGGUAGUUCUUUGUCUGCAACUGAUGAUAACUCGACAUGGCUUUCUCCUUCUGCUGAUUUUGCCUUUGGAUUUCACAGACUCAACAACAGUGAUUUCUUCCUGCUCUCUAUUUGGUAUGACAAGAUACCGGACAGAACCUUCGUUUGGUAUGCAAAUGGAGAUCGCCCUGCUCCAAGAGGAUCAAAAGUGGGACUAAGUUCUGAUCGUGGAUUAGUUCUCACUAGCCCACAAGGCGAAGAGUUAUGGACAUCUCAGAACCUUACUGGUGUUGUUGCCUCUGGUGUGAUGAACGAUACUGGCAACUUUGUGCUCCGAGAUAGCAGCUUCAAUAAGGUAUGGGAAAGCUUCCUGUAUCCUGCCGAUACUAUCUUACCUACACAGAAGAUGGAAAGGGGAGGGUUCCUUUCAUCUCGACAAUCAGAGACCAAGUUUUCCAAAGGAAGGUUCCAGCUUCGUUUCGUUCAAGACGGGAAUAAGCAAAAGAUCAUAGAGGUUGGUACUCUUGUGCUCAAUACCAUAAACUUGCCCACCAAUGAACCUAAUACUCCUUAUUAUGAAAAAGAAAGUACUGUUGAAGGUAAUGCAUCAAAUCCCGGUAAACAAUUUGUUUUUGAUGAGUCUGGAUAUAUGUAUAUCCUUAAAGAGAAUGAGGAACGUAGCAUUCUAUCACCGGAAAUUCUCUCUUCAGAAAAUUCAUAUUUUAGAGCUACUCUCAAUUUUGAUGGUAUUUUCAUUCUGUAUUCUUACCCGAAGAUAAACAGUGUUUUCCAGGAGAAUGAGAAGGAAUUCAAUGCUGAAGUAAAUAUAAUUGGUAAGACACAUCACAAGAACCUGGUUAGACUACUUGGCUUCUGUGAUGAGGAACGACAACGGUUGCUGGUAUAUGAGUUCCUGAGCAAUGGCACUUUAUCUGGUUUCCUUUUUGGAGAUUCAAAACCAGAUUGGGAAAGGAGAAUCAAAAUUGCUUUCGGGGUUGUGAAAGGACUCUUGUAUUUACACGAAGAGUGCAGCACCCAAAUAAUCCACUGCGACAUAAAGCCUCAGAACAUACUCCUUGAUGAAUAUUUCAACGCAAGAAUUUCUGACUUCGGAUUAGCAAAGCUGUUGAUGAUGAAUCAGAGCAAAACCCAUACCGCCAUUAGAGGAACAAAAGGGUACGUUGCACCUGAAUGGUUCAGGAACAUGCCAAUCACAGCUAAAGUCGAUGUGUAUAGCUUUGGGGUGAUGCUUCUAGAGAUCAUUUGCUGUCGAAAAAGCGUGGACAUGGAAUCUGAGGGAGAGGACAGAUCAAUCUUAACUUAUUGGGCUUAUGACUGCUUUCAAGAAGGGACACUGGAUGCUCUGGUAGAUUAUGACAUGGACGACAUGGUGAAGCUUGAGAGAUUUGUGAAGGUUGCCAUUUGGUGUAUUCAAGAAGACCCGACUCUUAGACCCACUAUACAGAAGGUUUCCCAGAUGCUGGAAGGAGUUCUGGAUGUACCGGUUCCACCCUGCCCAUUUCCUUAUGCCUCUAGUACUAUAGUUACUGCAAAUUGACGCCAGCAUUUCUCAGUUAUUGUAUAGUUUUGGUAUUUAGUUCUAUUCAAAGAAUUAUCUCUUUCUAUUCAGACCGAGCAUUAAUACG